AUGCAAAAAUAUCGAGAACAAGAGGUUGAAGUUGAUACAAUUGAUAAAUCUCCAAUAUUAGAGUGUACUCAUAAGCAAACAGAGCAGUGCCAUUACACCUACGUGACAAAAUUUACCCCGACCCAGGAGCAAUUAUGUGAGGAAACAUUUCAGAAGAAAUGUCAAAUAUCAUUCAAACAACAGGCUGUGAAUGAGACGGUAGAGAAGUGUUACAAACCAAUUGAGAAGGUUUGCAACGGACAGGGACCUGAAGAGUGUAGAACUAUUUAUGAAUCCUCCUGCACAACUAAAUAUAUAGAAAAGCAACCAGGUAAGUUUGUUGGUGAUUCUCAGUGUGAGAAGCUUCCAGUAGAGAUCUGCGGUAAGGGAUGUGUUUAUGAGGAAGGAGCAGAAGAAUGUCAUAACAAGGUUAUCACAGCUCUUGUGGACACUCCUGAAGAGGUCUGUGAUCUAAACCCGAGCAAGAUCUGCAGGUUUACAACAAAACUUGUACCUCGUCUUACUCCAGAACAUGAAUGUACUAUUGUGCCAAAGGAAUCCUGUCACUUGAAGUUUACAAACCCUAAGGCAGGGAAAAAGCCUCUUUUAACAAAAUGGUGUUUGGAUGAAUCAGAACCCACGCCAGGAGAUUCCUAUGAUGAGGGAAAUGCUCUAGGAGAACCUCUGGGAAUAGAUGCAAGGAACAGACCAAGUGAUAUUCCAGCAAGAGUGGCAACACCAGCAGAUAACACGCCUUCUGCUGAUUUCACUCCGGCAGCAACCACAAUCCCAUCUUUACCUGGCUUAGCUGAAGAAACUACCACACCUGCUGAAGUUGACAAUAUACAAAGUGGAGGCUCAGAUGAUCCUACGUUUACCCAGUUUGACUUAAAAUCUGAAGACCCUUCAAAUACUCUACCCAACUCCGAAGAUAGAAAUCCUUCCAAUGCUCAGCCUGAUAUUGAAACAAAUCGUCCUAAUUUAGAGAUUGAAGACUAUGAGACAGAAAUUGUUGCUGUAGAAGAUAUUUCCAAUGAGCUUCCUACACCUAAUAAUGCAGAACCUAGAGAUAAUGAAGAUACCAUAAAUACGCCAGUCCUUAAUGUUUUUACCGAGCAAAAAGCACCAGGUGUCGAAGCCCCUCAGAGUUUUUACGGAGCUCCAGUUGGUGGUCCAGAGGAAGAUUAUGAUAAUGAUGCUCUUCCCAUACCUUCGCCUAUAUCUCCUGCUAAAACUCAGCCUGGCAACCUUCCAUCCAGAUCGCAGGGGCAACCAAGUGGUCAAAUACCAGACACAACCUAUGGAAAACCUGCAGGUUCAUUUCCUUCUACUCAAGUAGGUCAGCCCAGUAGACAACUCCCAACCAUUCAAGGGAACCCUUCUCCUCAAAGACCUAACCAACAAGGUUCCUCCGGCCCUCAAGGACAACCAGGUCGCCAAGGUCCCUCUGGGACUCAGGGAAGACCAACUCAACAAGGUUCAUUUGUUCCUCAGACACAACCAGGGCGUCCAGGUCCAUCUUCUCCUCGUAUUCAGCCUGGGCAAGCACCUCUUCUUCCACCGGUAGAUCAACCUGGUCGCCAACAGCCCAGCCGUCCUCAGGAAUUCUAUGGAGCACCACGCCUGCCCCGAUCUUACAGUGUAUGGAGGGGCUAAACAACUGCCUCCGUGUAUGAGA